AUGGUCAGUCAAAUCCUUAUCUUUCGCUGGAAGACUACUGCUAAUAAAAACAGUGAUAGCAGGAAUUACUACCUUUUGGUGCUCGGCUUUCAUUCUUCCCAAAGCUUGCGGGAUAUCACAAGCCACAACACCGCAAGGGUAGCUUGGGAGACUGUCGUGUUAACUAAGCAGCAAGGUGGUCUUGGUGUAAAGGACCUCCAAACAUGGAACAAAGCAUGCUGUUUGAAACUUGUGUGGCUUCUGUUUUUCAGGUCUGGCUCGAUCUGGGUUGCAUGGUUUAUAGAGGUAAUCCUUAAAGGCUCAAUACACAACUAUUGGACAACCAAACCGAAGGCUUCCUUCUCCUGGCUCGCAAACAAGUUGCUCAAGCUCAAAGAUGUAGUCUUCCCGCUCAUCAAGCUUCGACUGGAGAAUGGUACGUCGGCACGGUUCUGGUUUGAUAAUUGGUCGCCUUUUGGAAGCAUUGCUACCUAUCUCAACUUGACUGGCUCAAGACUUGGCAUCCCACUAUCUGCAACGGUAGCUUCCCUCUAUAGGAACGGUAACUGGCGUCUCCCACCUGCAAGAUCAGAGCAACAAACCCAACUUCAGAUUCACUUGACGACUGUCAAUUUAACUUCAGAUAAAGACUUCUUCGAAUGGGAAAUUGAUAGUAGGGUCACCACCACCUUCUCAACUGGUGAUGUCUAUACUUAUCUUAGAGGACCAGUGAAUGAGGUUGACUGGGCUACUGUGGUUUGGAACUCUUAUGGGAUCCCUCGUCACAACUUCCACACAUGGCUAAUGAUUUUGGAUAGGUGCCCGACGAGAGAUCGCUUGCUUCGUUGGGGAAUCUCAGUUUCACAUCUCUGCUUGCUGUGUAACAAUGCUUCUGAGAGCCGUGAUCACAUCUAUUUCGACUGCAACUUCUCCUUCGACUUAUGGGCAAUAAGCGCGAGGAGAUGUGGGCUCACUCCAAACCGUUCCUGGUCAGACACCAUCACGCAACUGAGAAGCCUCCCAAUGGACCGUUCAUCGAGACCUCAUAGACUUCUUGUCCUCCUAGCUUGGCAAUCUACGAUCUAUUGGGUCUGGAAUGAGAGAAACGCACGGUUGCACUCUAACAUCUACCGCUCCGUCGACUCUCUCUUCAAAACUAUCGAUCUUCAGAUUAGAAACAGAACUCAGAGUUUCCGGGUGACUAACCCCAGACUGUCUUCCCAACUAUUACAGUCCUGGAUCCGACUUGCAUGA